AUGGGUGGAUUCAAGGUAAAGAUGCCGCACGCGCACUUGAAGAUGGGCAAGUCGGGCAAGGUGAAGGGUCCGAAGGUGGAUGUGGAGAUGCCUGCGCUUGUGGUUUAUUCCCCGGAUGUUUCUGCGCCUGCACCUGACCUGGUUUCUUCUGGCCUUUGUGUGUCUUCUGCUGCUGGUCCCUGUGGAGGUAUAUCGGUUGUUGAUUCUCGUGCGCGUUCUGCCGCAGUCGACUUUGGUGGUUUGGACGACGUUGACCAUGGUUCCGUUCCCGCUGUCCGUUCCGGUUUGUCUGUUUCCACCGUUCCAUCUUCUCACCUGUCGCCUCCGAUUUCGCCUUUGGGCUUGUCUGAGUCCGAGUCGUCAGAAGUGGAAUCUGCGUCUGAUACGCCUCCUUUCUCAUCUCCUCCUGAGUUUUGGGCUCAUUCUGUUACCCCAGAGUUGGGCAAAUCAUAUGGUGUUCAUGGCGGUGCCUCUCUGCCUCGCAGUAAGGAAGAAGAUCUGGUAGUCUCCGAAGACUUAAAGAAGGUCGGCUUCAGGCUGCGAUGGCCAUGGUCUUCCCAGAAGGUCACACCCAAUGUGACGCCUUCGCUCUCUUCUCAACAACGAAAAAUGAGUAGUAGUUCAAGUGGUGUGGUGGAAGGUUCGCCUCCAAACAAGAAACGCAAACGGCCUCUGAAGCCAGAGAAGCGGAGACGGAAGAUUGCGUCCGAGAAGCCUGCCCCAGUUGGCUCGCUUAGCCGACGUGAUGAAGAUCUUGGCAUCCAGGCGGACAUAAGCACUACCGUCCAAAGUUCAGCUCCGAAAUUCGACGAUACCCUUGAGUCUGGGCAGAAACGAGACUGGUCUUGGAAACGUGGAGGCCGGCUUCAGCAACCCUCAGCGCAAGUCCAGGUUGAAGAGGCUCAACUAGUGCCACUGCAGAGCUCCACCCCCUCCAAAGCUAUCGCCCCGGAUUCGAGACCAAAGAAGCAUUUUGCAGGUCUGUUUAAAGCCAAAUCCACCAGAAAAGCUACCGCCACUGUUGAUGUUCGAGAGCCAUUGCAGGUUUCCAUAGAGAUGCGCAAACCCAGCAGUAGCAGCCGAUGUUCCUCCACCGAACAGCCUCAACGUCAGACCUGGCACGCUCCCAGCAUAAAUGACACUGAGGUGGACAGCGAAAGGCCACCAACACCCCCCUUGCCAUGCCUGCCCGACGCAGAUAUCUCCAAGGACUUGGCUGUUGCAUACAGGCGCUACUAUGCGUACGGGUCCCCGCUCCGAAGGCCCCGUCCCUGGAGCACUCUAGACUUCCCACCGCGGAAUUGUAAAUUUAGAAAUGACGAUAACCUCUUCCCCUACGCAAUCACUCCCACCAAGUUGCCUAGCUGUAACUGGAAGACGGAUGAGGAGUAUGACGUGCCCUACAUGGACGAUGAUGCCCUUCCCGAAGAGGAACCCGAAUGGGCUCUUGGGGAGUCCCGACGCACCCUGACUCUCGCUACGGCUGAUGUGGCGAGUUUCCAGACAAGCCUCCUAGCGGCUGGCGAACCAAGUGAAGCUUCCUUUGGUGAGUCUGGUUCCCACUAACUUUCACUUACAUCGAUGCCUUUAAUCCACUCUGCUGUACCAUUUCAGUUUGAACCUGAGGACGAAUUAAAAUCUUAGACUGCGCUUUCGUGUAGAUGGGAAGUUGCUUCGUUUAUUCAUUGGUUUGAGCACAUUUUCAACCCGGUGGGCUUGCAUGUUCGCCGAGGUACACUCAGAAUGUUUCAGCUGUCAAUAAGUAGGGCUACUUGUAGAAGCUGUAACGCUAAAAAUGAGCGUAGGACAGAACCAAAAGACGAUCUUUCCCAACGAAAGAAAAAGGCGCCUUCAUCUCUUCGGCUCUGUGAGGAUAUAAGCAGCAAAUAUGACUGUCCAUCAUCAUCAUCAUCAUCAUCAUCAGCAAGGUCUGUGGAGUCACCUACCAUCGCAGUGCCAUUGGCAUCGUUUUCAGUAGUGGGGAGUACAUUAACAUGCAGUCAAUGUGUGCCUUUUCACCUGUCUCUGUUUAAAAAAUGAACUCGACAGAAACAAGCAUUGUCCUUAUACCUUUGUACGGCAUAGUUUCCAAGACGGAACUACAGUUUCCCUGAGUCGGUACUUCUGAAUAGUUGUUUCCUAAUAUAAUGUGUCACCUGGUAUGGCGCUUAAGUCUGUGAGCUUUGCACCCGUUCGGGCUCAUAACCUACCCAUAAAGGGGAAAAAUAGUAGCUGAUAAGUACUAUCGUAAAGGAGGUUUUUGCAACCUCCGUUAGCAUCCGAAUGGUCCUGAUGUUAAGGGUUCCGUAUGCACGCCUCGAAAUCAUGGGCUAGAUCGCAGUUGGUAGCAGGAAUGGGGAAGCGGACGGCGACCUUAACCCUAACCUCAACCUUAAACGUUAACCCUUAACCCCAACGACAACCCAAACCCUAACCGAAAUCGUAAACGUAACCGUAGCCCUUAGACAUAGCCGUAACUGAAAAACCUAAUCGUAAUACUGAAACCUAUUCGUACACUCAAACCCUAACCGUAACCCGAAAACCUAAGCCUAAAGGCAUAACCCUAACCCGAAAACCGGAAACCAUUAACCGGUACCCUAAUCCUAACCUCAAACGUAAAACGGAAGCCAAAUGGGUCAGAUGCGAUUAUGGAGCCCCACAAAAUAGCCCCAGUAAACAAACCCCCCCGCCACCUGUAAUACGGGUCCUGGCUACCAACUGCGAUCUCGCCAAAUCAUGACAUUUAGGAACCAGAUCAUCCCGUUCAUAUCUCUUCCACUGUGAACUAGGAUUUUGAGAAAAUAUUUUUUGAAAUUAUACUUGAGAUAUAGGGUGACAGGCGCGUCAUCGAUGUAGAGCAUCCGGAGGCAAAGGUAUGGUUUAUAGGCGGGGUUGCCUACUCCAGGGGGACAUCUAAGGACUUUUUGGUAUUACAAAUUCUGAACCCCAUAUUGUCACCAAUUAAAAGGGGACACUAUUUUUACUACUUAGUUAUAAUAGUAAAUGAACUCGAUGUCCCUUUGCAAGCAUUGUCAAAAGGCAUUUGAUUGUCAUAUUUCUACUCCGAUGACUACCUUUAAGCAUCUCGAUCACCCCCACGCAACAGCCACAGCAUGCACACACAAACAUCGCCAGUUAUUUUCUUUUAGCACAAUUGUCCCCCGGAGUAAGUAGUCCCGGACACAAACUAUACCCCUCGCCCAGUUUAUAGGUUGGAGGCAGAGCUCUUACAGUAUUGCCCCAGCGGUAUAACCAGAGAUAGAGCCACUAAAGCCUUCAACCGUCGACCGGGAAGAUCUGGUUCCUAGGCUUUAUGAUUUCCUAACAUAGUUAUCAAGCUAAUAAUUUCAGGAAUUAUGAAAUGCAGAAAGGGAAGUAAAGUGCCCAGGACUUUACUUUUUAAGGUCGAUCCCGAAGUGUUGGUGAAGGUUCGAGCUGACGACGAUCAACUUCUGCGGAAUAAUCGCAUCACGCUUACUCAACAAAUGAAUACUACUACUAAAAGUAUGAUUAUAUAUGACAGUGGCUUAUACCGUACGCAAACAUGUGCAUAUACGGUAGAGGGCGCUCACCGAUCGCAUUACGAGACUAACUCGCUCCAUUGCGUAGAAGGCGAUUGUUGACAAAGUCAAGGGAGAUCGUACCGGCCAGUUCUGGCUUAGUAACCGUCAUCACCCAAUUAUAAUCGAGCCCAGGUGUGGGACACCAGGGAUUCAAACCGGGGAUCUUUGGUUCAUUGAGUCCAGUGCUCUACCAUUGAACCAUGAGGCCGUUGUCCCGUCGGUUCUGAUUAGGAAUACUAAUAAUGAUAGGUUAUCGGUCACCGAUCAAGUUACACGACAUCAUCUGCAUACGCUACUAGUUGCUAUGCGACUGUCUACGAGGGCUCUAGAUUAAAUCCAGAGGCACAACUGGAGGAGUAUGUUCCGUAACCAAAGAGCUGAACGUGCUUCCAGCAUAUAUCCAAAUAUAUUGACAGGUAGGCGUCGCAACAGGGUAUUGUUUGAAAUCAGAUAUGUUCUUUGAGAAAAUUAAGAACCAUCAUUGUGUAAAUUUUCGGCGUGCACCUAAACGUCGACUGUUUUGCACACACUUGCUCUACGUCUAACGACGACCUCGGGGAACCGACGUGAGAGAGAGAGAGAGAGAGAGAGAGAGAGAGAGGAAUUCGCUUUAUUUUGAAAUCAUAAAUUCAAAAUAUUCAGCAAAAAAUUGGCUCCAUUCACUGUGGGUAGUAAACAACAUAAUAGAUUACUCAAGAGUCAAGAAGUUUAACACAAAAGGGGCGAUUAUUAUGGGGACAGUCCAAGUCUUCGCUCUGUAGUUCUAUCUCUUCGCACGUAAGAUAGCGCGCUAGGAAUGGCAAUACAGAAGCUCGAAAAACCGAUGUGCGACAAGGUAUAAGCCGGAAGCCGCGGCGCACCGGGCGGGAAGACUUUGCAGGAAUAAGAUCAGAAUGCAAGGGAUGGGCAACGCCAUCUAUGAUCCGACCAGCAAAUUGCUUGACCCUAUUGAAAUUUCGUUGUAGGAUAGUGUCGACUAAAAUAGAUAAGAAAUAGGAGCGGCAGAAGAGAGAAUUCGGAAGACUCGUUUUAAAAUUAAAAGUUCCUUUUUAAGCAAAGCAGGAAAAAUGACAGGGGAGCAGUAUAGGAUAAGAGGAAGAAUGCAGGCAUUGAUGAACCGCCAGACUAAGGGUUGAGGUGUGUGGUAGGAACGUAACCGACGAAUGUAAUAAAGAAGUUUACGAACUUUGGUAAGAAGGGAUUCAAUAUGGAUGGAAAAUGAGAGAUCUGAGGACAAAGUAACGCCAAGAUACCUGAAAGAGGAUACCUCGUUAGGAAGGAUGUCAGAGGAUGCAGGACUAGGAGAGGGCCACAGUCGGAAAAUACACUGAACCGUUUUUUGGUUGUUCAUUAGGAGACCAUUUUCCUCCGACCAUGCUAGAACAUGGUUUAAGCCUUCCUUUAGAGACUGGAGGUGUGUCUGACUUUUGAGAGAGUAUCCAACAACCACAUCGUCAGCAUACAUAACCAAAAGACAGUCGUUAGGGGAUUUUAGAUCGUCGGUGUGGAGGGAGAAAAGAUGAGGGGAUAGAAUGGAACCUUGACGAACUCCGCAGUCUUUGGGAAGGACCAUAGAUUUCCGCUUGCCAGAUUGGACAAAUUGAGUGCGGGAAGUAAAAUAAUCGCUAAGUCAUGAGAUGACCCCAGUCUGGAGAGCCGCACGCGGAUGUUUUGGUGAGGAGAAGCGGGCGCGGGACGGUACUGAAGGCGAAGGAGUAGUCAAGAAAAGCGCAUGCGUACUCGCGGCAACCAUUGUCUAAUUCUUUUAGAGCAGAGCAGACCACAAGAGCAACAGCGUCUAAACUACUGCGUUUGGCUUUGUAUGCAAAUUGUCAAGGGUCGGAAAAAACGUCGAAAACCUACGCAGUAAUGUUUCUUACUUUUCCCACAUGGCAUAUUUGACUUCACUUCAUUUAUUAUAUAUUUAUAUACAUACUGCAUUGAAUAACCAGCGUUUUAAUAAAUGACGUCAACAAGAAGCCGAAUGCUUUGGUAACAAAACAGCCUUUACUGUGUAUAUUUUUGAGGAUGAUUCCCUGACUCGUCGUAAAACGCAUGGACGAUGUACAAAAGCAGUUAGCCCUUUAGCCAUGCCCCAUAAACGAUUCUAGGGUUGGCUGAAGCCUGGACCAAUGCGCGUCUGUUGUAUGCCCUCACCCCGCGAGGAUUGGCUGAGUUCAUUCCCACUUGCCCCAGUUAACUUCGUUUGCGGCAUUCAAAUCGAUAUAGGUAUUGAUGUAUGGCUCGUCUGAGUGCUGGCGCUCAUAAUGCGAGUUUUUUUUCCAUUUAACUGUGUGCUUCGUGUUCAGUGUUUGCAUGGGCAUCAGAAAUAGAUGGUCUCGUCUCUUUCCGGGUUUGGAAAUUUUCGCCGCCUGGCCAGCUCUCCUACAUGUGAAAACCGCGUCUCAGCUCGUCGACAGACAGAUGAAGAAGUAUCAAAAACCUACAAGUGCUUUGCGCAUCCAGUUUACACGUGCUAAAGACACUGAACAGACAGUGUCAUAGGAGGAGACUCACUUUGGACCGCGCAGCAGACAAUGCGCUCAGACGAGUCAUGCAUCAACAGACACAUUGGUUUGCGCACCCAAACAAAAUUCUCAAGGAGAAGCAAAUAAGAAUGCAGCCAAUCUCAACGGAGUGAUGAAGUACAAUGGACGCGUACUGGGGCAGGUUUCAGGGGCUUCAUAUGUCCAACAUCGAGUGGGGAAUCAAUCUCACGAAGUAACAUAGUAAAUGCUGUUUCUAACCAAAGGAAUUUGGCUCCUAUGCAUGCAUAUUUUCACUUAGGAAUGGGCGUACGCCGAUCCAUUGGCUUUCCGAAGCAGACUAGCUUCAUAUGAGUGAUAGGGGUGACGAACAGGCAACCACCUAUCGGGCCGAAGUCGUCCGAGCCAUGAUGACAGAAGGGGGACUAUAGAGGUUGCGGUGGAGGGUUGAUAGAUGCAGAUCUGUUUUUGACUUGUUUGCCUUCAUCCAGCCAACCAUACUCGAUCUGCAGCGACAGAGCAUGGCAGGUGACGAGGCACUGAUGAACUUCGGUUCGAUGAAGCGCCUAUGACCCAUCUGGUAGACCCCAGUGGUGGACCAACUGUGCCAGAUGUGCCUGUGCGUAUGUUUGCGUUUCCAGUCCCAGCUGGCGGUCAGGGUUAUGAUUGGCCGAAUGAAGGCGAACAAACCCGAACCAGUUCUGUAUCAGUCGACUCCCAGACUGUCGUCUCCCCUCUGAUAUAUGUUUAUAUAUAUAUAUAUAUAUAUAUAUGGCUGAUAAAAGCGAAAAUGCGCGUUUCCGGACAUAAUGGAGAAGGCUAGGUGAUCACAGGAACCAUAUACCUAUAUAUGCCAAAGAAAUCCAUCUUUAAAAUUAUAUUUCUUGCGAUGCCUGUUUUUAAAUUUAUAUAUACCAUAUAUGUAGCCAUACAUAUAUAUGCAUAAACAUCCUGUGGGAGACCUGUCCUCAUUAGCCGCUAGUGUUUAACCGCAAGGUGGAGCUCUUUUGAGGUCGAAUUCAAUCAUAUGCGUCAUCUUAUCCAGCCAUCUCGCACUCAUUCAGGUUAUCGCACUGUGUGUGUGAACAGCUCCUCUCUGGUUGCGCUUCUGUGAGCCGGCGCUGUGCCAGAAACCAUGCAGGUAGCGACGUGCCUCAAUCGCGCAGGCAACAAACCCCAUAGAAUUGCCGCCGAAGGGCAGACGCCUGUGUGUGCGUGUCGUGAGAGCACACCCCGAGGGCGUUGAGACACUUGAGCCCUGGUAAGGCCGUAAACUGUCGUCACUUAGUGUACAACAGGUCAGGCAGGAUCAAUAUUAGUGUGUGUGUGUGUGUGUUCUCGCGCACGCAUUGCCUCGCGCCAACACGUCUGCCGCCGCUGCUGCACGCCAACAGGUUGCCACCGGCCUCACAUAUGUCAUGACGUCAUACCUGUGCACCUGGAUGUACGAUUAUCUCUCUUCGGAGUUUUCGCGCUCUGUCGCCUUUGGGCGCAGGAGCGCUGGAAGACAUAACUGCAAGAAGUGGCGGAUCUGUUUGUUUGUUAAGCUGGGCUUCUGCAUUGUGCAGCCAGUCCCCAAGAAAACUGAACACUGAGUGCGCUUUUCAGCAAAAAUUAUGGUCUGGGUGAUGUUGCUAUGCCGAAGGGCUUGAAUCACAUUUCGAUGCUGAUCCACAUUCAGUAGCUUGCCGUGCCUUAGGGCUCUCUCUCUCUCGAGCCCAACCUGCAGCCAUACAGCGGCGCCUAAUAAAGGCAGAGUAACGUUACCGACAAAGACAAGGGAGACUGGGAUAGCCAUUUCUGGCUUACUAGCCGUCGUCAGCCAGCCGUGCCCAACUCGCGACCUGUCGGUUAGAAGUCCAACACCCCUAUCCACUGAGCCACAUGCUCCUUCUCCUGUCGGUUGCGAUCGGGAAUAUACAGUGGUAGAAGGGAGCGCACACCGAUCGUGCUACGGAACUCACUCGUCCCGCAUUCACAAAGGAAGCCGAAUGUGAUUGGUGUUUUUGUCCAGUGAUUUUUGAUGUCUGUCUGAAGGGACUAAAUCUCAUUCUUCGUGACAGUAAUGCUGAUACGUUUAUUUUCUUAUGCUUAUUUUGCGAGGACUUGCUUAUUAAGAUUUUCCGUGGCUAGUAAAUAUUGUAUUUUAUUAAAGAGCUAGCACUUUCUCAGACGUUUAAACUGUUCGUAAGGGGGUUUAUGAGCAUCGUUUAGAGAAAAUCCCCUUGUGUCCGAACUUGCGAAUGCCGAAAAUGGCCUUGUUCGAUCCGGACGCAGUUAUUCUGUGAACGAAGCCAAAUGAAGCUAAGUUCAUCGGAUAACUGCAUGUUUGUAUCUCCAAAUGUAGCGGUAAUAGGUGUUGUUCAGCGAAGUUUCUUUCUCAACAGUCCCAGCACAGGUGAAGAUCAUGUGAACCGUGCAGGGGAGGACCUUACGGUGAGCCAAACCCCGCACAGCUGUGUAUCACGGUCCCAGAAAAUCGACACUAUACCUGUUUGGACCUCUCGUUGACGUCAGUGCUUAGAGCAGAGUAGAGCAGAUAAGGAUCUCGCUGACUUUUUCUCAUAAAUAGUAGUGAAAAUGCGAUUCCCAAGUAGCAUAUCAAAAGAAGAGGAGGCCGAUACAAGCGAAGAUGCGAGUUCAAGGAACUAGUUGAUAAGAGGAAGGAAAAGCGAUCGCUGGAACAAGGGUUUUAUUCGCCUGACGUUUCGGAUUCUCACUCGAACCCAUCAUCAGAGACAUUGGCAGACCCGUUUCUGUCAGAAGAGCAGGCGUCCACUAGGAACGCGGUUUAUCAUGCACGCUCUAAGAGCUUCUCCUAAGUUAAGAGUUUUGAGAACCUUAAUGGUCUCCUCGUAUGCCAGAAAACUGUGUGAAGUAUCAAAUAGGCUGUUGCGGGAUAUUUUUUUUAACUUGUGCAAGCGUUGGAUGCGAAUAGGAAAGCCUCUACUUAAGUAGCGAUUCUCCCUAAUUCUCACUCGCUUGUUGCCGCCUCAAUCAAAAGUUAUCUACUAUAUUUGAGAGAAAGGAAACAAACUCCAGCAAGCCACAGCGCGAUAGCAUCCCCAGAAAGUACGUGCCCUAGCAACUCACUCGUGCGGACGUUGUGUGUUGCCAAAACCAGGGGGUCUGACCAAGCACCGGACGCAUAAAAUGGCAAUUAUGUAUUCAUUUUUGUUGCUAAAACUACAGCCCUCUAGGGCCUUGCCCGCACUAGACUCGCUAGUGUCUGUUCGUCAAUCAUGCUUACAUAAGUGCCUGAAUUCGCUUGCUGUGAGUAAAACUCCUGUCGACGGUCUCUGGUGCAACAUCUUCCGCCUAUUUAAACUCUCUCUCUUGUCCUCUGCGAACUAACCAUUCCAGAAAAGUCACCGCACACCAAGAAGAGCCUGAGUUUGCGAGCCUUUUCGCGGUCCAAGAAGCCCGCUAAGGAGGACAGAAAGACGAGCAAACGAACGAAAUCCGGAAUGCCCAAUCCCGAAGACCGAGCCCCUCUGCAGGGUCCUGUCGACAUUGAAGCCCCGGGCGGGCGGUAAGACAACGGCUUUUCAUUCUCUGGUUAAGGUGAGUACCUCUUCUCAACUGUCUUGCAUCAUUUAACGUCGCAACGCUGGUCGCUCCUUCCUACAGGAUUAUCUUUAUAUAUGAUGGGUCGUCUGUCGCAUCCGACGAUGUCCACCGUGUGCUCCACGGCAAGGUGAAAGCAGGCACGGUGACUUGCGUCUGAGUUAGUUUUGUAGUUUGAGUAGACUUGCGCAGCAUUCACCGCACUCUCUCCUCCUCCCUACCUGGGUCUGACGUCAGAACGUAGUCAAGAAGGCCGGAGAUGAGGGAGGGCGCAGAUUGCUGGCGUGACGAAAUCCGCAGGAAGUAAUACCACACAAAGACAAGGGAGACUGGGAUGGACUUGUCCGCCCUAUUUCUACACUAUUACUGACCAUUAUGUGACUGUCUGCGAGGGUUCUAAAUCGGACUUCAAGGCAAGAUGGGAGGAGCGCGUCUCGUAACCUGAUCGAUGAACUCACUUCUAGCACAAUGUAAACGUCCACGCAAAGGAACAUGGUUUAAUAUAAGGGCUCGACUUCAGAUAGGUGUGCCACCUGGUAUUCCUAACUGCUUAAAACAUUUCCCUUCGCCACGCCUCUGCCCCUGUGAUGGGGGCUCAAGUGUCUUUAAUUUAGUGCUCCCUACCACGGGCCGCGUGGUAGAUGCGUUGGACGAACGCAGAGGCCUGAUCAGGGUCCGACACUAGUUACCGGGCUGCACACCCAGAACAAAUGCAUAUAUGGAUGCAGUCGCACGCCAAUGCGCAGGAUCCGGCCACGCCGACCGGUUGCGUCCGAUCCCGUCUCCGGGUCGGAGGUCUACUAUCACUUUAAAGUAAUUCACGCACAAGUCACCAUCCCUGCACCCACCAUGCUGUGGGACCUUCGGUGGGCAUUGUCGGAAACGACAGUCGAACUGCAAUGGUGUCUUGAAUUUGAUCUCACGUCUUACUGAGCACGAUGCAGGAGGACUACUUAGUGACCCAGGAGUUUCAACUGUAGCCACUGGGUCUGAAGAUGUGGUUCCAGAUGGAACGGAGACUGUGAUAGAGUUACUGUUGACAUCAACUCGCCCGCCCUAGAACCAGACAAUUACUUGGAGACACAUGAGGCCACAUACACGUGGAACGGGGAUGAUUAAAUUACGUUUACAACGGACGUAGUUGAAUCUCGGUGCAAUGUCUUCCUGAGUUCAUACUUCGAAAUCCAAAUAUACCUUCUCCAACUACACUAAGCAAUGAACAUUGUAAAGAGGGACGGCCUUCCUGAAAUAACUGCCAUAUUAGGCGACGUGUUUGCAACAGGUGUUAUAUAAGCACGCAGCUUCACCGUUGCAUCGCUUAUGCUACCAUAACGAAGACUGCUCGCGAAGUUUCUUGCGUAUUGCCACAGACAUGUGAGCACCUUUUGCCAACAAUAAGAAAACUCUGCCUUAGAUGAUUUUUUUUCUGCGAAAGCUUCUCUACUUAAAUACGUUUUAUGCACUAGAAAAAAACACAUAGACCAACAGAGUUAGGAGUACGAGGCAGCAGGUGUUUCGAUCCUUUUGUGCGGCGCUCAUCGGGCUGUCACGCCCCGACCGCCGCCUUCUGGAGCGGGAGGAGGGCAGGACUCUCUGGCGGAGUAAAGUCACCAAGCACAUACGUAAUGAUGCCUGUUUGUCACCUGGUAAAACAUUUCUCUGCAAAGGUGCGCAUGCCAAAUCUCGCAGAGGGGCUUCACUGCUACAUACACGCACUCACGCACACACGCACGGGUUGCAAAGUAAUCUUCGUAAUGACUCGGCACUAAGCGUCGCUACCGUGACCGCCAUUUACCCUAACGGCCGCGCCUUUAUCGUCGCGGUUCCUGUUGAAACAGGUGAAGAAGACCUAGCUCUGCACUCAAAUCAUCUGCAUGCUGCGUCGUUUUCGUUUCACACGCACACAAACAGCUGACCCACGCUCCUCUGUCGUGUGCCCUCCCCGGUUCUGCCUACUUAGCCCAUCUCGUGCGCGACCUUUAGAGAAAUUUUAUGGCCUCCAAGCCGCUUGUCAUUAUAUGCUCUCCUCGGCAAUCGCUUCUGUGACCGUCUGUUAAUCGGCAUUUUCGUCCUGCCUAUGGCGCAAUGCAAUCACUUGGAAGCGACAGGCAUUGGCCAAAAGUUUCUAUAUUCCUUCUUCUUCUCCUUCUCCCCCCUCCUCCUCCUCCAUCGUCUUCAUCCUUGACUUCUUCUUUGGUCCUCUAACCUUUUCUUCUUCUCUUCUGUGAUCCCUCCCUCUUCUCCAUCUGGCUUCUUUGCCUUUUUUCUCCUUCCUCCCUCUCUUUUUUCAUUUUCUCUGCUUCGUCAUGUUCCUCCCAGCCUUCCCCACUUUUUUUCUGUCUCCCUUUCUACUUCCUUUUUAUGCCUUUUAUUCUUUUGUCUCCUACCUCCCAGUCCUCUCCGUCUUCACGGCUCUUGCUGGCUCGAGCAUUUUAGGUACUAUCGCCCGUCGUCGAUAGGUUUCGUGAAAGGCUCCAUUGGGCGGCCUCCAUUGAAUACUGUUCAGACAGCAAUUAAAACCCAUCAUCCUUGUUUUACAAUUUUAAAUAGAACCAAUUUACUCCAAGUUGAGAGUUAAAAGCUGCAAAUUCAAAACUGGAGUAUCUACCGGAAAGCAUACAGGGAACGCUGGGAGGACGCACAGUGAUGAACCGAACCUCUCGCAGCUGUGUCAAACAGCGGCAGAAUAUAAGCUAAACAUGUGUCUAGGCUUUCAGCUGGUACCUGAGCGGUCGAGUAUGGUAUAUAGUGCUACUUAUGUAAUUUACAAUGCGUCCACUUUUAACUUACUUAACUUUUCACGUUGGCCUCAUUUAGGGAACCCUUUCGAUCACGACAUUCGCCCAUUUCACCCUUACACUGCACGGAGGACCUUUCGCCACGGUUCGUUGUCCAUCCGAUCUUCGCCUUGGUUGCUGUCAACCCCUCCCCCCCUCCUCCUCGCGUUGCCGGACACAUCAUUUCUGGUGCCGACGAAUCCUGCCCCCUGGACAGUGGUUCAUUUCUCCUGUACAGAACCUCUCCGCUCAGAGACUGCAUGCUCCUCCACCUCCUCUGUCCCCUCCUCCUCCUCCUCCCUACCCUAAGCCUGCAAAAUAAUUAUUCUUCGAAUUGUCCUCAGUACACCAACAUCGCCAACCACCUCAGAUGCCAACUUUAA